AUGGCUCGCUCAAUCGCCGUCGUCUUUGUGCUGCUCGCAGCUUUUGCCGCUGUCGCCAAUGCCGCAGCUGGGGCUUUCACCUACGAGAAGAGCGGCAUUGACUGGACGGGCGCGUGCGCGACGGGCGAGCGGCAGUCGCCGGUGAACAUCGUGAUGGACAAGGCGGUGCAGAGCAACAAGCCGGAGCUCUUCUCGCUCGAGUACGGCACCAGCAAGCAGGCGUCCGUCGUCAACAAGGGCUCCACCAUUCAGGUUAUUCCCGCUCCGGAGGAGACGCACCUGCUGCACCUGGCCUCCGGCGACUACAAGCUGCUGCAGAUGCACGUGCACACGUACUCGGAGCACGCGAUCAACGGGCUCUUCGCGCCCAUGGAGGCGCACUUCGUGCACGUGCACACGGCGGACCCGAAGAAGCUGGCCGUCGUGGGCGUGAUGCUGCGCGUGCACCGCCACGACGACGACUCCGCGUGGGUCAACCAGUGGCUGCCGCAGGCGCCCCUCGAGAACAACGGGACGGCCACCAUCUCCGUGACGCCCAAGUUCUGGAGCGAGAUGAUCGACGCGUCGUCCGGCUUCUGGGCGUAUCCCGGCUCGCUCACCACGCCCGAGUGCGACGAGAUUGUUUCGUGGCACGUGCUGCGCAAGGCCCAGCCGCUUUCCGUGGCGCAGGCGAUUCAGUUCAUGAACAUUAUGGCGGUUACCAACCAGGACCGCACCGACAACCGCAUGCCCCAGCCGCUCAACGGCCGCACCAUCUACUUCCACUACCCUGCUGCUGCCGCCAACUCAAUCCACGACAAGGCAUCCAAUUCUCUGCUCAAACCAUUCAAGGCAUCGUACUCUGCUCAAAACAUGUACAAGUCAUCCAAUUCCCUUCUCAAAUCAUGCAUACCACCUGGCGUAGCUAGAAGCAAACAUCAGCAAGCCAUGGCUCGCUCAAUCGCCGUCGCCCUUGUGCUGCUCGCAGCUUUCGCCGCUGUGGCCAAUGCCGCAGCUGGGGCUUUUACCUACGAGAAGAGCGGCAUUGACUGGCCGGGCGCGUGCGCGACGGGCGAGCGGCAGUCGCCGGUGAACAUCGUGAUGGACAAGGCGGUGCAGAGCAACAAGCCGGAGCUCUUUUCGCUUGAGUACGGCACCAGCAAGCAGGCGUCCGUCGUCAACAAGGGCUCCACCAUCCAGGUGAUUCCCGCACCGGAGGAGACGCACCUGCUGCACCUGGCCUCCGGCGACUACAAGCUGCUGCAGAUGCACGUGCACACGUACUCGGAGCACGCGAUCAACGGGCUCUUCGCCCCCAUGGAGGCGCACUUCGUGCACGUGCACACGGCGGACCCGAACAAGCUGGCCGUCGUGGGCGUGAUGCUGCGCGUGCACCGCCACGACGACGACUCCGCGUGGGUCAACCAGUGGCUGCCGCAGGCGCCCCUCGAGAACAACGGGACGGCCACCAUCUCCGUGACGCCCAACUUCUGGAGCGAGAUGAUCGACGCGUCGUCCGGCUUCUGGGCGUAUCCCGGCUCGCUCACCACGCCGGAGUGCAACGAGAUUGUUUCGUGGCACGUGCUGCGCAAGGCUCAGCCGCUUUCCGUGGCGCAGGCGAUUCAGUUCAUGAACAUUAUGGCGGUCACCAACCAGGACCGCACGGACAACCGCAUGCCCCAGCCGCUCAACGGCCGCACCAUCUACUUCCACUACCCUGCUGCUGCCGCCAAGUAA